AUGUAUUUGAAGUCCCAGUGCCCCAUCUGCGGGAAGCUCUUCCUCCAGUCCUCCCACCUGGUGCGCCACAAGGCCAUCCACACCGGUGAGAGGCCCUUCAAGUGCGAGGACUGCGGCAAGCUCUUCGGGCGCGCCUCGCACCUCGAGACCCACCGCCGCGUGCAUACGGGCGAGAGGCCUUUCAAGUGCCUGCAGUGCGAGAAGGCCUUCACGCAGAAGGCUGGACUGGUCCUCCACAUCCGCCUGCACACCGGGGAACGGCCGUACAAGUGCGACAAGUGCGGGAAGAACUUCCGCUCCUCCGCCCACCUCAUGUCACACCAGCUUCUUGAGUCAGGCGAGAGGAACUUCAAGUGCUCCACCUGCGGGAAGGCCUUCAAGCAGGCGUCAUCCCUCAAGCAGCACCUGAAGACCCACGAGGCACGCGAGCCUCACCGCUGCUCAGUCUGCAGCAGAGCCUUUUCCAGGUCCUCCUACCUCCAGCUUCACAUGAGAACACACAGUGGGGAGCGGCCGUACCACUGUUUGCUUUGCAACCGGACAUAUGCCAAAAUUUCCACCUUUGAAAAACAUUGUAAAAAGCACCAGCAGGAUGAAGAGAGGCCUGAUGCUAGACCCAGGUCAAUGACUACCAGGGCAAAAGCACUGGCUGAAAAGAAAAAGCAGGAGCAGAAACGGCAACGCCAAGAUGACAGCCUCGAGCAACCUCACCAGGCUGACCCAAAGCAGCAGCAGGUGGAAAGGCUGUAAAAGUCACUAAAACAAGAACUGUUCCUGGCCCUCUGCAACAUGGCUCAUGGGAGCUAGAGUGUCUGGUUUAAUAUUUAUCAAAAGAAAAUGACAUGCUGCACCAGCAUUACUCCAGAGCGUGUUUCCAAAUGGAAUUCUUCCUCUGACGCAAGGUUCAAUUAAAACAGUUCUCUGGGGUGCAGCAGAUGCGUAAAAGUCUGCUGAGGCUCCCCGCAGUCAGUGUAGCAUGCAGAACGCUCCGUGGUUACAGGGGGAUUCCACCCUGUUCACGGGCCCUGGUGGUU